GCAUCCCUGAAUUCAUUAAAAAAGUAUUCGGCUUUAUUAAAGUUCUUUUAUUGUACAAAAGUAAGCAGCCAGAAACCUUUUUUAAUUAGCAACUUCUCUAAAAUUAGUAAAUAAACAGAUUCCAAACUAGAUAUUGCUGAUACUGUGCUUAUCUCAGUAAAGCUUGUUACAAAAUUUCAUGUUCUAGAUUACAAGCAAUAGAGACAAUUAAAAGAUUAAAUUGAAUCCAAUUGUUGACUUAUUGGGAAAUAAAUGGGUAACCCUGACCUUCCUACAGUCCUGGUUACAGGGUUUGGUUUAUUUAGAGAUCAUUCUGAAAAUUCAAGCUGGAUUACUGCUAAGCAACUUCUUAAUAUUGACCACAAAAAUUACAAUUUAGUUAUUCGGGAAUUACCUGUUAUAUACGAUGUUGUUUUAGAUAGUGUUCCUAAGCUAUGGGAGGAACUAAAACCAAAGCUAGUUGUGCAUUGUGGAAUGUCUGAAUUAGCAACAUGCAUAGCAAUUGAAAAGCAGGCCUGUAAUACAGAUUAUUUUGGUUGUGAUGUUAAAGGGCAGCUUCCCCCAAAUAAUUGUUGCUGUUCUGUUGGACAAAAUGUGUUACAUACUGCUAUAGAUGUGGAUAAAGUGUUGGAAGAUCUAAAGCAACAUGAUGUUUGUGUGAAAACUGAAUCUUCUGAUAAUGCAGGAAGGUAUCUAUGUGAGUUCAUAUAUUAUACCUCUUUGAAAAUAAAUAGAAACACUGCAUUUGUUCACCUGCCACCUGUAAAUCAACCUUAUACUGCUCAGCAAAUGGCUCAAACAUUAUCCUUGAUUAUAUCUUCAAUGUUAAAACAGAUAACUCAUUCAUAACGUUGGUACUUUAAGUGUGGGGGUGGUAUUGUAACAUUUUAUUCGUUUUUACACAAGAUACCAAAUUAGAAUUUUUUUUAGUCACAUUGUCAGUUUUAAUUUAUAUGGAUUGCUUCUUACAAGAACUUAUGAAACUUGAUAAUGUAUUGUUAAUUUAUAAGACUUUUGUAUACUUGUAUUUAUUAAAUAUUGAAUUUGAAAAUAAAGGAAUUUUAAUCUUU